AUGGAGCCGGGCCCCGACGACGCGCCUCGCGGCGAGGGAGCGAGCGCGCCGGAGGAGUCUGGACCGUCCUCAUCCUCGGUGGCCGUGGAGAAGGCUGAAGAGCCACAGCCACAUGCGCAGCCGCCGGAAGGAGGAGGCCAGCAAGUCGCACUGCAGGAGCACCUGCAGCCGCAGCCGCUGUCGCAGCAGCCCCCGGUGCCGGCGGGGCUGAGCCGGUACGAGUCGCAGAAGCGUCGCGACUGGAACACCUUCCUGCAGUACCUGCGCAACCACAAGCCGCCGCUGACGCUGGCGCGGUGCAGCGGCGCGCACGUCAUCGAGUUCCUCAAGUACCUGGACCAGUUCGGCAAGACCAAGGUGCACGCCGACGGCUGCGCCUACUUCGGCCAGCCGAACCCGCCGGCCCCGUGCGCGUGCCCGCUCCGACAGGCAUGGGGCAGCCUCGACGCGCUCAUUGGCCGCCUUCGCGCCGCCUACGAGGAGUCCGGCGGCCGCCCUGAGUCCAACCCCUUCGCCGCGCGCGCCGUGCGCAUCUACCUGCGCGAGGUGCGCGAGGCGCAGGCCAAGGCGCGCGGGAUCCCUUACGAGAAGAAGAAGCGCAAGCGCGGCAGCACGUCCGCCCCCGCGGCGCCGCCUCCCGUCGUCACCGCCGCGGAGGCGGCAGCGACCUCCGGAGGCGGCGAGGACGACGAGGACGAACCGUCACAGUCCGCUGAGCAACAACGCGCAACGCCAGCGUCUCCUCCGACUAGAAGUAGUAGCGCCGGCGCUACUAGUACCACCGCAGCGGCGGCAGCCACGACGACGACGACAACGAGAGGGAAGGAGGAGGAAGCGGCAGAAGGAUCAGCGUGA